AUGAUGGUAGCCUUCUCGAGAAAGGGAAUGAGAAGGCUCGUCAUUCUGGUCGCUCUCUCUCUGGCGGUCUUCGUCAUCUAUCAGCUUAGCUACGUGGACGACUUUACCCUCGCCGAGAGGUUGUCCGAGUCUAUAAGGAUAAUCAACGAAUGCACUCAUGAAGCCCUCGAACCCCUCGAUAACUUUCACCAUAUACUCGAUUCCAAUAUACCCAAUACUAUCCACCAACUAUGGAAAACGACAGACGUUCAAGAAUACUCUACUGAAAUGAAACCAUCACGCGACUCAUGGAAGUCCAUGCUCGAGCCCCAAAAUUACACCAUUAAGCUUUGGACUGACGAUGAUAUCCUCAAACUCAUCAACGACAAAUACCCCUGGCUACUGCCGACAUACAUAGGAUAUCCUCACAAUAUCCAACGUGCAGACAUUGCUAGACUGCUUGUCGUUUAUACUGAAGGCGGUAUCUACGCAGACCUAGACGUUUACCCUAGGUCAGCCGAGAACAUACAAUGCCUCCAACAUCUCGGCUUGCAAGCAAUAUUUGCUCCAACAGCAGGCACAAUCGGCCCAAGCAACCACUUCUUUAUGGCCGAGAGAGGGUCUCCAUUCCUUCAGUGGGUGCUUUACGAGGCCAAGCGGCGGGGGGAAGGCUGA